UACAAAUUAUCCUCCAAACUUUCCUUUCCUUUCUCCCUUUCUUCACGCAAUUUUCCUCCAUAACCCUAGGGACGAACAACUUCUUUGUUCUCUGCCCAAGGGAUGAAUAGCUUCGACGAAAUCGUCCAAGGAAGAACACCUCUGACGAACAACUCCGUUUUUCUCUGCCCAAGAGGUACAUUUCCUCUUCUUCUCUGUUUUCCUCCGUUUUUCUCUACCCAAGGUACAUUUCUUCUUCUUCUCUAUUUGUCUUCGUUGUUCUCUUUUUCGGUCCUUCCACACGGUUCUCCAUGACUUGAGAACAGAUCGCGAUGUGGCAGCGUGUAUCUCACUUGGCGUCGCAAGGCGGUUCUCAAGAAUGCAACAGAUCAUCAACAAGUAUGACUCGAGAGUAAAGGUGUAAAACUGAGCAAAUAUGUAAGGCUCCGGCGAGAUAUAGAGAUGAGGUUCAUAAAGAUUUUGCAAAGUUGAUGUAGGGUUCUGAACGAGUCUACUCAACCAAGUGGAGUGAGUCGGUAAAUCGUCAGAAGACGAGUGACUUGGUGACGACGGAGACGGCGACAGGAAGAGCAUGAUUUCUGGCAAAGAGAACGGUGGUUCGGCAUGGUGUGAAUUGGGAAUGGAUGGCUGAAAUUCAAUGAUAUCGAGAAUCACCAUAAUAUCAAUUUGGCUUCAAAGAAGUCUGAAGAAGACUAUUCUAACACGAGCUGACUUAGGCCUUCCAGAUGCAUAUAUCAAUGGAGACUUUUCUUUUGUUGAUAAAGAUGAAGAUCUUCUAAUUUUUUUCUUGGCUGUAACUGCUAUGGUUCAACAAGCGAUGCAAUACAUUGAUGAAACACCGGACAUUGAGACCAAAAUAGGCUAUAACUACUCAAGAAUCAAGAGAGCCCAAUUAAUCAAGAAAUUGAGAUGGCUCAAGGAAACGACUGGAGUGAAGAUAUUGAGAAGUUUAGUCAAGAGAAGAUUAAUACAAGGAGCUCAUAUAGCCAAUUCGAGUUGAAUGAAGUGUGAAUGGAGCUUGUUGAUUUUUUAGGUGGCCACGUGUGAUUAUGGUGAUAGUUAAGUUCUUUUGGAUUAGAUAGAUGAGUUUUGUCGAUACUGAAUAUAGGUGAGAAAGACAAGUUUUGAUAUGGUACACUUUUAGGCUAUACAUAUUUUGUUUAUAUCGACAUAGAUGAAAAGUUUAGGCUAUUGUUAGAAGUUUGGGCUACACAUAUAUAUGUUGUAAUUAAGUAUGUAAUGACCAACUUAUAUAUGUAUGGUUCAUUGUGUAUAUAUAUAUACAAUUUCUUCGAUGGAAAGUUUGAGUUCGAUUUCAAUUGUUCAA